AUGAGCGCAGCGCGGCAGCGGCGGCUGGAGAAAUCGCGGGAGGCACGCGAGCAACGGAGGGAGUCCGCGGAGGAGGAAUUUCAGCAGUGGGCGCGCCAAGUGGCAGCGCAGGACCCCGACCCCGAGCUCAUGGAGAUGUUUGGCGAUGCCAUGCUGGACCCGCAGCAGAUGCAGGAGAAGAUGGAGGAGCGCAUUCGCUCAAAGCAGGCAGAGCUGCUUGCAGAGAAGCGCGGCAGCGGAGCGACCAUGCAGGUGGCCAUUAAAGAGAUCGACCCGUUUGACAUGUACAUCUGGUUCGAGCUGCACAAGACACCAUCAGAAGAUGAAAUGAAUACGCUUGGCAGCGUCAUUCGAGCGUGGUAUGUGGUGGGAAAGCUGGGAGGCUACAACUCGGCCAACCUGCAGCUAAUGGAAGGCGAUGAGUCAUCAAAAUACAAGUACGACGUGGACACAGCAGCAGCUGCCCUGCCAGCCAUGAUGCACAACAUUGGCGACCUGGAAUUUCAAGACAGCCUGGGACGAAUAUGGCUAGACAUGGGCACAGCAGACAUGAUGGCAGUCGACGUUCUCCUCAACUCCCUCAAUGCUGUGAGCUCAGACCAUGUGGGUAUAAAGAAGGUGACUGUAGGCGGUUCAAAGAUGGACGAUUGGGAGGAAGGGAUGACACAAGCUGAAGAUGGAUACCAAUGUUAUAGCAUAUAA